UGUCAAUAUGGCUGAUAAAACGGCGCUUGAUUGUGCGAAAGGUACUAGUUAAGUUUUUUGGAUAUUGAACGAUUUGAUGAGUAUUUUUCAAAGUGGUACGUGUUGCACACAUGGCAAGUGCUAUUUCGGAUGUUUCCUUUGUAUCAUGGGCAUCAGCUGCUACGGAAUGCACCAAUCCAACAUUUCAAACUGCAUUAAAUCGACCAUGGCCUAAUACCUCAAUGCACAGAGAUGUGCUGUCUGUACUUGCAGCUGUUACUAAGACAAUCAAAGAUAACGGUGGGAAGGAAUCGCCCACAGAGUACUAUGCCGCCUUGUUGACUCUUAUCAAUGAGUCCUCUGAAAAAGUGGCUGUUGCUUAUUUACUAAAGCUAGUCAUGUGCAAGUCUGUCCAGGAUUCACUGUUGCGCAAAACAUGUGGAGAGGCUGCAAAAACACUUAUCAAACUUUUGUCGUCCCACAAUAUCAGCACUGAUGCUUGUCUUAUUAAAUCCGUCUUAACGUGCCUUGGUAAACUUUUACGGGCUCAGUCGUAUGACUCCUGGUCAACCGAAUCCAUCCGUCAUAUAUAUCGUCACGUGUUGCGUUUCGUUGAUAGUGAGAAACCCAGCAUUCGUAAAUCAUGUCAUUCAUCAAUUGUUGAUAUCUUGGGUUCAUUGAACGUCGUCAGUUUAACUGGAGAUGUCGUUUUUCAUCCUGCUUGCCAUCAAACCCAGGAACAUUUGUGCUCUGUUAUCCGUCAAGAGACAAGACAACUAAUAUCCUCACUGCAUACAAAGGAUGUCCAUUGCACUCGCCUCUUGCAUUGUCUAAAUUUAUUAGCUUCAAUAGUCCCUUUGCUCCCUUCUAAAGAUGUAAAAUUGGCUUUUGAAUGUGUUCUUGAGUUAGCGAACUUCCCAAAUCCACUGGUUGUAACCAAAGUGUUUCAUAGCUUUAAAAUAAUGUUUGAUUCAAAGCCAUCAUUAAAAACUUUACCUAUUGAUAUAGCUGCACGUCUGUUGACAGCAUUGUAUUCAUGUCGACCCAAUGAUCCAAAUGUUUUUACAAUGUCUUCUACAAACAAUACAUGUACUGGAGUAGAUGCAUUAAUUUCAUGGAUACAAGCUCUCAUCUCAGGAUGUGCAUAUUUGUGUGAUUUUUCAUUGUUAGCUUUAAAAACUGAGGAUAAUGAGUUGAAGAAAACAAUUGAAAAUGUUGAACGGUUCAGUAUUCAACGGUUGGCUAAUGAACACUUAGAUCGUUUGGUUAAGACAUUAAUGUCCUUGUUGAUAUCUACCCCACUUCCACAAUUAAGAGAACCGGUUACUCAAAAAUUAAAUCAACUUUUUACUGAGAUUGUUGAUCCCCAGCUAGUAUCAUGUCAGUUAGCUGAUUUACUUCCAGACUUUAUUCCUAAUGUCUUAUGUAGUUUUAUUACUGGUCUUCAAUAUACACAUUAUGAAAUAUGGAACCAUAUAUUAUGCUUAAUUGGUCGAUUUAUUAUGAUUAUUUCUAAAGUGUUCCCUUCUGGUACAACACUAAAUUCAAAUUCUCUCGUUGAAUUAUUGAAAGUAAUUUUGCAUCUACGAGAUUGUCUAGUUGAUGGGCCUAAAAGUUUAAUCAAUCUUAUCCAUGUUGAUCUGGAGAAUUUCCCUCUAAUUGGAUUAAAUGAUUUGGGUGAGAAAAUUAUCGAUGGAUUGGAUAGUGUUUGUUUAUUGGCCGUUGAAUAUAUCGGUCCAGAAUUAAUUCUACCGGGAAAUAUAUUUUCUUUGGAAAUGAUUAUUGAAGAGUUAGAGACUGGUAAAAUUGACCUGCAAAGAUCCUGGUUUCUGCCGUUAUUAUCACGUGCAGUACCACAGAAACCAAUUGCAUUAUCAAUCUUUCAUAAACAUAUCCUUCCGUUAGCCGACAGAGCUCUUGCUGUAGCCACUGUAUAUUCUUCAGCGACUGUUUUGUCUGAUAAAACAAAGCCUCCAAAUAAUGCUUUAAUAACUUUAUCAAUUAAAGUAGCUUGUCAACUUUGGUCCUCACUAAACAUGUUUGUACAUCACAGCCCUAUAGAUUGGUCAGAAUUAUCAACUGGUGGGUUAGGAUGUCGAUUAGUUAAAGAAUUGAAUUCAGCUCCCGCAUUAAGACCAAUUAUUCUUCAUACAUUUCGCCGAUUAGCUAAACUAGCUGUUGGUAAUGACCUCGCUAUUACAGUUAUGCGUGGCGGUGCUAAAACAGCUAUACCAAAUAUGUUAUCGUUGUAUGAAACACUGGACACAUUUACACAACAUUCAUUAAAGCAAAAAAUACAAGCGACCCUAUCAUAUUAUCUACCAAUUUUAUCAUCAAAAAUGAUUAGCUCUUUGACAAAAACUGCUAUGAUUAAAUUUGAAAAUACAAAAGAACCAGUUUAUUUGGAAAUAUUUCAAAUUUUAACUGCUUACAAUUCUGUACAAGAAUUGGAACAAAUCAUAAAAAGAAUUAAUGAAUACUUAAGUGAUCCUCAAUUAUCAAAACCUUUAAGAAAACGUGUUUGUCGUGUGUUGGAGAGUAUUUGUGCUGGAAGUACUAGUCAAACAGAUGAAUUUUUAAAUUUACACUUUGAUGAUGUUAUUCGUAUGAUUUAUAGUUUAACAAGGAAACCAGGCACUAAUAAUUCAACAACUGUUACAUCAUUAACAGAUAAAUCAUUAAAAAUCGACAAUAAUCUUACUGAAACUAUUGAAGAAAAAUUAACUACAUUAUCAGUAUGUGAAAUGAAAAUUGGUAAACCUAAUAAAUUAUCACAAUUCUUUAUACCAUGGAAAUCUAUUUUACGAUGUAUUCAACAUUUAUUUAAACGUAUAGUCACUAAUGAAUUGAAUACUAUUAAUAAUACUAAUCAGUCCAGUGAUGAGAAUUUGACAACGAAAAAUUUAAUGGAUAAUGAACGCUUAAAAGAAUUUGCAAAUAUGUUUCUACCUGAAAUAUUAACCUGUUUAUGUGAAUUAAAUCAAACAGUAAGAAAUUUAGCUGGAAAUUUAUUAAUCAACCUUGUCUAUGCAUUUGCUGGUCAACAAGUAUGGGAUAAAAAUAAAUCCUCUUUAUCAAUAUAUCAAUCACAAAAUAAUCUAUUAACUUUUGACAGUAGAAGUUCACGUCCGCCAACUAUAAUGAAUAAUAUUAUGAAUGAUGAUACAGAUACUGAAGAUGAUGAUAAUGCUAAAUUCAACAAUAAAUCAACUAACUCUUCUUUAAUGGGAGGCUUAACAUAUUCUGAUGGAGAAGAUAAUGAUGAUAUUAUGUCAACAAAGUCUAUGCCACGUGGUAGUCUUAUAUCUGAACAAAUAUGUCGUGCUUUAAACUUGGUUUUAUCACGUUUAUGGCCAUGUCUACCACCGCAUAAUCGUCCUGCUACAAAUUCAAUUGAAUUAUCUCUACAACAAUCGUCGGCACGUGCAAUCUGUUUACUCAUGAGACAUUCGCGUUUCAGACAAGCGCUUAUUUUGAAUAUUAAUUCCGAAUCAAAUUUAAUCUCUCAAUUAGUGUCUACAUUAUUGUCUGAAGUGAAUUUAAUUAGUCAAUGUUUAGUUCAAUCAAAUCAACGUAAAUUAAUUCGUUUAGGUUUACAACUUGCUCGAUCAUUAAUAAUAUUCAUUAAAGAAGGUUCUAUUAGUUUAGCUUCUGUGCUUGAGACUUUACAGUCCAUUCAUUCAUCUUGUAAACGACCUUUACGUUUUGUUGUGAAAUCCAUAUUAGAAAAAAUGGUUAAAAAGUUUGGACGUCAAGCUAUUCAGGGUUUGUUGAGUGUUGAACAUCAAAAAAUGGUACGCAAUUCAGUUAAACUAAUAGCUCGUCGUGAACGUAAAUCUAAAAUGCUUGAACAGUCAACUUCAAAGACAACACCAUCAUCGUUGUCAUUGAUUAGUGGAUCUACUCGCCAACAAAUAUCCGACAUCGACUCGGACCAUAAUUCAAGGCGAUCAAUAUCCAAUGAUAUUAAAAGUAUUCGUUCAUCUAUUCACAGUAAACCAUCAUCAUUAUCUCUGCCAAAACGUGUACAUAUUGCUCGGAUGGAUGAACUGUUAGCCACCUCUUCAAGUGAAGAUGAUGAUCGUCCUUCAAUUCAUUCACAUGCUAAAUCUAAUCGGGGUCAAACUAAAUCAUCACCUCGUGACAGUUUAUCAUUGAAACAUACAAAAUCAUUGGUAGAAGAAUUGGAAAAUGCCAAACUUACUGCUGGAUUGUGUAGACGUUCACGUAGAAAUUUAACUGAAAAUGGAUCUUUCAAUAAUAUGAUAGACAAUAUGGAUAUUGAUAUAGGUGCCUAUAGUGAAGAUGAUGAUGACGACGAUGAAGAGAUUAAUAAAGCCUUAUGUAAACAUCCAUUUAAAUCUAAACAUCAAGUUCGUUUUGCCACUGAUACAAUUAGUCAUACAUCAAAAACUCGUAGUCAGGUGUCGCGACAUACAUUAUCAGCAGUAACCACUGCAUCAUCACGUCAUCAGCCUUCGAAUGAUUCAGAUCUAUGGCUUGUAGAAAAUCCUGACAGUUCAGAAAUUUUAGAUUUAUCUGAUCCUAAAUCACUCGCUCGUCAUACAGCUUUUGCACCGGAUGGUAUGACAGCAAAAGCUAUGGUUAACAUUUUUCAGAAUUCAUUGGCUGAACAAUCAAAAUUAUCUGCUUCGCAAUCAAAUAAUAAACAUAAUAAUCAACCUUUUCCUAUUGUUAAUGGGAAAAUUGUUAUUAGUGGUAGUACAACUGAUGAAAAUCAAUUAAUGCUGACUAAAAAAGAUCAUUCAACAGAAUGGGAUCUCGAUGAUGAUGACGAUGAUGAUGGUAACAUACAGUCGACUUCCUGUGUGAAUAAAAACGAUGUUAAACAUCGAAAAAAGAGAACUAUUCCAAUACCUGGUCGUAUCUACGCAUCAAGCAAAGCAAAAGGUGAUAUGAAACGACCUGGUAUGCCAGAACCUUUUGCGUUUGUUCCACUUGGAGCUGGCAUCGGUAAAUCAAACAAUUCAAUUAGUCAAAGAGUAACGCCACUUGAACGUCGGCGUCUUUUGAGAGAAGUUGGCAUGGGAAGACAGAAACGAAAGAGAAUUCAAGGUGGUAACCAGAUGAAAUCCUCGAAGAAUAUUCCUUUGAAAGUUUUUCAUAAAAAGACUAAACUUUCAAAAUUAUCGAAAGCUAAAUUUUCACGAGAUAAUAUAUAAAACACUGGAAAUCUUUGUGAUCGUUUUUUUCUUCUGAUCAUAAUGUUAUUAUCCU